UCCAUCUCUGCAUUAAUAUUUUGAGUCGUGGUAGUUUCGUAUGUGCAUUUAAAUAUGGCUUCGCAACGGUGUCUUGUGAUUGUUGUGGCUCGUGGAUUUAUUUUGCUAUCGGUGUGAUUGGAUGUUUAUUUGUUAGAGAAAGUUCAGUAAAGAAAUAACUAGAUCACUGUGGGAUAUUACGAUUAUAUUAAGUGAUUUCUUUAGUGUGUGAUUCUCACAUGUUUUUAUGUUUUGGUGGUGGAUACCCAAAAUAUCAGCUCAUCUUGUUAGGAUGCAGGCAUAAGUAUGACAUCCUUGAAAACAGAGUGCCGAAAAUUUUCGCCGAAUAUCUUCAAUAAGAGCAAGUGUCAGAACUGUUUUCGUGGAAAAGAUGCACAUUCGUCCGAAGCACUCGAAAGCAAUAGGGCGACCAGGAAGGUGUCAUGUUGUGGAUACUUAUUUGUCGCUCCGGAUUGGGAUUUCUCUUUACCGGCAAAUCGCAACAAGCGAUGGCAGAGGAGGUGGUUCGUCCUGUAUGAUGAUGGAGAACUCGCUUAUUCCGUGGAUGAACACCCCGAGACGGUUCCCCAGGCAGUCAUUGACAUGAACUGUGUGCUAGAAGUCGCAGAUGCAGAAAACCUAACUGGAAAUCCGUAUGCUUUGGCUGUCACAUGUCCGGAUAAAGUCCAUUUUAUCAAGGGAAUGAGUAAAGAGGAGUCUAAAAAAUGGUUUGAAGUACUGUCAAAAUUCCCUCGAAACACAGUUUGUGGAAAGUACAAAAGAAAUGCAACAUUUCCAUGCAUAAAGUCAGCGCCUUUGGUCAAAAUCGAUUCUCCUGUUUCAAAUUUGUCUAGCAGGAGAGAUACUGUAGAUAUAUCAAAUUAUACUAAACAAAAUGGUUAUGUAAAUAGUUUAAAUAGAAAUAAGAAAAGUGCUGGUGUAGCUUUUGAUCCAGAUGAUGAUGUUUAUCCUACAAAAGACACUAACUCUUCACCUGCUGUAAAAACUGUACAGAAAUCUCUAGUUUGUGAAGAAAAGAAAAAAUUAGAGAAUUCGUUUCCUGUACAAAAUGAGAAUAAUUGCCUUAGAAAUAAUGCCUUGGAUAAAACAAACAUAAAAAAUGAAGAAAUCAAAAAUUACAUAAAACAAGAUAAUCGUGAUGUACGAAAACUUCACAGCCGUUCAGAUGUGUCCAAAAUGAUUCCUUCAGUUUGUGAGGAGAAAUUCGGCAUCAAACCUGACUGGAAAAAGAUGCCACUUGAGCUUAAUACAUCUCCUGAAUGCAUUGUGAAAAGUAUCCAUAACCCUGUGUAUCUUUUGAUGUCUGAUGUUCCACCUGGAAAGAAGCUUGAUUCCUAUGAAAAUUUCUUCAGCCGAGAAAAACCAAGAUGCUUGAGGCGUCAGUCUAGUUUUGGAAAGAAAAGUGACUUACAGAAACAAAUACUUGCUUGGACUGAAGAUCAUGAUGGAGUUGUGAAGGGUCGAACCAUCCACAAAUCUGCUUCAGUACCAAAUGCAGUUCUUAGGGAAGACAAUAAGAUUCUCAUGAAUGGAUUAAAUAAAUCUCAAGACAAAUAUUCCACAGAUUCUCUAGACAAAAUUCACAUAAAGUCUAAUUUGAGUCAAAUCCGAGGAGAUCCUGAUGGUUGCAACUUAGAUUCUUUGCCUUCAUCUUACUGUGCAUCCACUGCAGAAUUUUCAAAUGACCAGAGCAAUGAGAGUGUCUUCCUUAAGAAAGGCUGGCUUGUGAAGCAAGAUGAUUGCAAAUGGAAUAAAUACUGGUUUGUCUUGCGCAAUUCGGCUUUAACAUACUUCAGUGAUCCCAUUGCUGAGGAUGCUGGAAUUUUAGAUGGGUUUGUUGAUCUUAGGAAAGUAAAAAGUGUAUCUGAAGUGGAAAGUAGCAGUGGAUACACUUUCUGUAUUGUGAUGAAAGAUUUUUCCAAACUAUAUCUAUCAGCAGUCACUGCUAAGAUCCGAAAUAACUGGAUACGAGCAGUACUUCAAGCAGCAAAUCUAAAAACUAUUACUACAGAUGAUUGCUUUCCUAAGAAGAAACCAGAUCUUGAGAAAUCAAUAGAUUCUAAUCGGGAAAAAACAUCUAGUACAAAUUAUUCUGAAGGCUCAAUUUCCAGUUUGGAUUCAGAGAAGAGUGCUACAAGCUCCAGCUCGAAGACUAUUGUUGAAGAAGAUGAGCAAGAUAAACAUAAUUCUGUGGCUCUUCCACCAUCUCCUCCUCUUGCUCGAACUGCUAUUUCAAGGGUUAAAGAAAGGGCAAAAACUAGGUCAAAUUCAAGGACAAGGGGUUCCAGAUUUUCCUCAACAGAAAUCCACGAGUCAGAUCCUAGUUACUUAGGAGAUAGUGAUGAUGGUACAACUGAUCACUCUAGUUCAAGUUUGCUAAAUACUUCAACACCAAAAGAGAAGAAACCUGUGAAAGAAAAUUCUCCCAAAUAUGUACCAGAGGAAAAAAGCAGACCAGAAAGGCGCAGAAGCUUUAAGAUAGACUCAGUAACAUUCCAAGAUGGCAGAAAGAAAGUCACUGAAAUCAAAGAUAAACUUGAAGAUUCUUCUUGGACAAUAUGGCUAGAUAUAUCAAAAUUUUGCAAAGAAGUGGAGUCAAAAUUGGACGAUAUUGAAGAAAAGAACCCUAAAAAUGGGCAUCAGUUGUCAAGUGAACAGAAAAAGGAGAUGGGUACUCUCGUCUCCAGUUUGGGCCGUGUUGAGGAACGCUUACAUAAAGUUCAGAGUGAACUUGAAAAAGCCAAAGUGACAUUGCUGUUAAAUAGUAAAGACAGUGAUUUAAAUCUGAGUAUUGGCAAAGCUUUUGGUUGUCAUUCUCUGAAACAGGAAGUCUCUCGGUUAAGUGGUAUAUCAUCACAGAAUGCUUUACUUGCACAACAGCUGAACAAAGCACGAGAAGAAAACCGUAGGUUAAAAGCAGAAGUGAAAGUUGCUCAGGCCUCUUCUGAUGAGUUUGAACUUCACUGCAUGUCACUUAAACAAGCCAGUGAACAAGCUGAAAAACUUCACAAAUCUCAUAUGGAACUCAUGGUUGCAAGAGUAGAUGAUUUAACUAACAAAUUACUGAAUUCAGAGAAGACUGUUAGGCAGCUAAGACAGCGUGUAAUGAAACUGGAGCAGAGACAAGAAAGAAGGAGAAGUUCCCUGAAGGGCAAAGAAGCUCUGAGUUUGUCCAAAGAGUAUGAGGCUAAACUUACUGAACUGGAGCAAAAGAUUGGUGCAGUGGAAGGAGUACUGAAAAGUCCUGACAACCCUCAAACAGAUGCCAAUGGCAAAGAAGAAGUCUCUAAAGAAUCUCAAAGUUUGCUAAUGAGAUUGCAUAAUCUUGAUAAGAAGGUGAAAGAUGUCACAGAAACGGUCACAGCUUCUUCUGAUGAAACAGUAGUCUUGCAAGAGAAUAUUCCAAAACCAAAAAUCCGCCUGCAAGUGAACAUGAAUGAAAACACACCUUCACAAGACACUGGGGAAGAUUGGAACUCCUUGUCCCUCUCUGCAAGUAUGACAGAUCUCACUGCAACAAGCAAAGAUGAUGAAUGUGAUGAAGAUCCCUUGUCAUUAUCUUUUAGUGGUUGUUUAGAAACCUUGAGUCAUAAAGUCUCCUCUUUAAUAUCUUGGUUGAAAACAUCCCUCCAACUUCUUUAUGCUCAAGGACAUAUGAACCCUUUCCAGUCAUCAAAAAUCAAUUUUAUCAGCAGUGAAGCUAGUGAAGAAUUAAGCAAAUUAGUCAGAACUUUAGAUCAUGUUACUAAUAAAGUUGAUGAAUCACCUCUGGUGCCUCAAGGAAUCACUUAUGUAGUCGGAAGGUUGCUGUAUAAUAUUAUUUUAUUGCAAGAGAUCACUAAUAUAAUUUUUAAAAUGAGUGAUUUUGAACAGUACAAAACAGCAAUGCUAGUACAGCAUUUAAAUCGAGUCAAACAAGCUAUUAAAGGUAUUGAGCAAUAUAUCCAGCAAAAAUCAAACCCUGCCUAUACCAAUGUGCAGAAAACCAGUUUGUGCAAUAUUGUUGCUUGUCUUUUGUUUUAUCGAAGUCCAACAGAGGAAAUUGCAGAAAUAUCGGAUGUCAAAGCCUUAUUUGAAGAAGUAGAUUGUGAGCGAAAAAAGAUAUCAUCCAUUUUGUCAGAAUUCAAAGAGAAAUUUAUUGAAAGAUUUUGUACCACAAUUUUGGAACUUUCUGAAGAUUCUAUGUGUGAGAAAAUCCAUCCACAGAAACCACCUGACCAGAAAAAUGACUUAAAACCAUUAGGCCAGAAACAGUUUUUGUCACAUAUUAGUCAUAUCAUAUCACAAGUAUCACAGUCAUUCAUUGCUCAUAUAUCCAAGUCAUUAAAUGAGGUUUAUUUCUUAUGUUCCAGUUUUCAAUACAGUGAAAAAUGGACUGAGUACAUCUGUAAAUUACUACAACAAGAACUCAGCCUCUUGUCAUCUGAAAUCAAAAGCAUUUGCAUCAAGCAUUUAGAGAACAAUUUCUUUUCCAGUAGCAAGUGUGGUGUUCUCAUCGAGUAUAUGCACUGCUCAAUAUCGGAACUUGCUCAGAUUGUUUCCAUAAUCACUGUUGUGGAUGGGACUGUCAUACUAAUUAAAGAUGCUAUUUAUAGUGACAAUGACAGGUCAAAAAACUCCCCACAGAAUGGUAUAUUCUGUAAUAUGGACAAAGAUGCCUUAAAUACAUUCCAUGAGAACUUGCAGCGGAGGACUAUGAGUAUCAUGGCUAAUCUCCCUCCAUACAGAUUUCCAAAUGCUUUUUUCAACCUGUGCAACCCCAAUGAGCUUAAUGUAGCCCAUCGCAGUGUAUCUAGUCUUCUUUGUUUCAAACAAAAAUGGAAAGCAGCUAUGGAGAAUGAGCGCAAAGAUCAUCGAUUGCAAUUAGAAAAGCUUUCAGCAAGGAUUGCUGAGCUGCAAGAAGAACAGAGAAGGAGAGAAGAGGAAGGCUGCAAGUCAUGUAUAGAAUUGCGACAAGAAGUUAGUUAUUUACAAGCAGAGUUGGAAGAAAGCAGAUCUCUGGCUCGUAGUGGCAGUUUAUGUGAAAAAUGCCGCAACUUGCGACUAGAAAUACAACGAUUGAUGGAACAACAUGAAAAUGAUUUGGCAUCCAUUGAAAAACUAGAAGAACAAGAAUUGGCAUGGAAGGAGCAUUUGGAAGAGGUUGUACAAGAAAAGGAAAAGCAAUUUUUGGAUGAGAAGCAAAAAUUAGAAAUGCAACUACAUACUGCUCAAAACAAUUUAAAGAAGAUGGAGCUUCAUUAUGAUGAAGAAAUUCGUAAUCUUCAACUCUUAUAUGAGCAAAAGCUUCAACAAAAGAAUGAACACCUAAGAGAAGAUAUCAAACUAAGAUAUUCUGAAGAAAUUGAGCAACUAAAAUCCCUGUGUGAGAAAGGCUUGGCUGCUAUGGAUGCUUCUCAUAAAAAAAUUGUAUCUGAGCUUGAACAGAGGCAUCAGAAAGAACUUGAAGAACUUAUGGCAGAUAGAGAGAGAGCUCUGGCUGAAGAAGCUCAUGCAACCGCAAUAGCCCUGGAAGCUGUAAGAAAAGCCCAUUCAGAAGAAUUACAAAAACAAAUACAGAAAUUCAAAGAUGAAUUUGUACUUAAAAUGAACAAGCGCUUUGAAACUCAAGCGUUUAAGAAGUGUUAUGAGUCAGAUUUGUCAGCUGUAAAAUAUGAAAUACUUUCUAUGACAGAAAAAUAUUCAGCUAAAUGUUUAGAAAAUGCUACAUUACAAGAAAAGCUAGAAAUCAUGAAUCAGCAACUUAAAUCAACUACAACUCAGGUAGUGGAAUUACUGGCAAAAAAUCAACAGUUACAAGCUCGCUUGUCUUCUGAGCAAAUACAGAAACAAGAAGAGUCCAUAAUUUGAAUGAAGUUUUCAAAAGAAAACCUAUGUGGAAAUCCUGUCAAGCUUUUCUGUAGAUGACUUACCAAGCAGUUAGUUUAGUAUGUUAUAUCUACAGUAGAAAGAAAACAGAUUUGUAAAUUUUUUUUAGCCUGUGAAAGAAGCAUUGUAUUAAAUCAUCUAUUCUUACACCUCAAGAAACAGAUUUUUUAAAAAUCAAAACCAUAGUUUAUAUUUUUGACUUGUUGUCAUUUGUAAAUAAUAGUCAUUGUGUACAAAUUUAAGUUUGUAGAAGUUUAUGUGAAAUGUUGUGAUUAUAAUAAUGUAUUUUAAAACAACUAGACAUAGAUAAUAAUAGAAAUAUUUUAUGCAUAGUUUCACACUUCUGCUAAUAGCUGGAAGAUUCUCAGGGUUAGUGUUAAGUGUUUGUCCACACAGAUAUAUCAUUUAUUUUUUAGAUAUUUCAUACAGUUUUAGAUGUAUUCUAAAUUGCUGUUUUUAUAUUUUUGUAUUAAAAGCAAACUGAAAUAUAUGGACUGGCAUCAGCUAUAAUAUUUAGGGACAAUAACAGAUGUAUUGCCUUAUUUGAAUUCAUUGAAAAUUGUAGCUAAAUAUCUCAAGAUGUCUAAUAUUUAGAAUUUUAAAGUAAAAAUUUGAAUAUAAGAAUAGUGGAAAAUAUAUCUAAAUUUAUUUUAGCAGUAGAGCUUACAUUUAAUCAAGACUGAUAUUAUUUUCUCCACAUUGCUGCAUAAAUGCAAUUUUUUCUGAAUAUAAUUUACAAAAAUAUACUUACAAUCAUGCUUGUUACCAACUUAACAAAUUGUAGUAUAAUGUACAGUGAGAAAGUUUUUUGAAAGCAAUAAAAUAUAUUUCAGCAAAUACAAGUUCUGUCCAAUCAAGAGACCUUUAUAUUUGUUAAAAGAGUAAACUGUUGGUUGUGUAUAUUUUAUAAAUUAUAAUUUUAGAAUAUGUACAUAAUAAUCAGUACAAAGUUAUAAUAAUAAAGCUCAUCUUAUGAAAUCUA